AUGGCGCUGUCCCGGGCGGGUUGUUGCUGGGCGCUUUGGCGCCGCGGCCCCGGGCCGGGCCUCGCUGCCGCCCUGCGCCGCUGCCGGGGGCUGCUGGAGCCGCGCUCCGCCCGGGGGGCGCCGAGGCACCCGGUGUGCUGCCUCUCCACCAAAGCAAGCUCCCGAGCCUUUCUUACUGCCCUCGUGUCGAAAGUCAAGCACAUCAAUGGGAGAUACGAGAGGUUUCUGGAAAGGACAUUCCCCCGCUUCUAUGUGCUGUAUGCGACUUUCACGAAAGGAAUUCAAGCGCUGUUUUGGGAAGUAAAAGAAAUAAGGAAGAUCAGGCUAAAAAUGUCCCGUCAGCGGCUGAAUUUUCAUCAGCUUCCCUACAGGGAGAUGGAGAGGCUGAGACAGUUCCGCAGGGACCUGAUCAAGGCAAUUCCUAUCGGGAUUAUCGCCAUUCCGCCUUUUGCCAACUUCUUGGUCAUAGUCCUGAUGUAUUUCUUCCCAAGACAGCUCCUGAUCCGCUACUUCUGGACCCCACAGCAGCAGGUUGAGUUCCUGGACGCUUACCACGCUAUCCGGAGAGAAGCGUAUUCGGACGUGGUAAAGAGCUUAGCUCUGGCAGCACGGUCCCUGCCUGAGCCGCGGCUGCAAGAGCAGCUUCAGGAGCUCUGCGCCAAGGUGCAGCGAGGUUCCCAACCGCGCGUGGCUGAACUCUAUGCUGCGAGAGGCUUGUUUUCGGGGUCUCCCUUGGGCCUGAACAAGCUCCGGGUGCCUCACGUGAAAGCCCUAAGCCACGUCCUGUUCCUGACGCCUCAUUUGCCGGCCUUGUUCCUGAGGUAUCGCCUGCGGAGCCACGUCUUGGAGAUCCGGCACCUGGACCGUGCCAUGCUGCGGCUGGGGCUGAGCGAGCUCUCCGAGGAGGAGCUGAAAGCGGCUUGUUACCUCCGCGGCCUGAACUCCACGCACCUGAGCGCGUCCGAGUGCAGAGCGUGGCUGGAGCAGUGGCUGGGGCUGUCCUGCAAGCUGCAAGCUUCCGAGGCCUCUCUCUUGGCAAACAGCAUGGUCUUACUGUCCCUCAACUACAUAAGGGCCAAGGAGUGAGAGCAGAGUCCCCGGCUGCGAGCCCUCACCUGUGGCAUUGCGCGUGGACUUCCGAUCCCAGCCCGUCUCCGGCGCUCGUUGGCUUUGAUGGAGCGGAGAUCCUUUUGGCAGUGUGGCACGACGGCCCGGAGUCGGCGAGAAGAGCCCCGCGCUCCCUCGCGUCCACACACACACACAUGCACACACCCACACACACGCGCGGAAGCGCUGCCGCGCGGACGAACGCGGGACUCGCUCCCUUCUCCGCCGGAGGCGAGCCCAGCUCACGGCUUUCCCGCUGCCCUGCACGGCCCCUCGGCAGCAGGAACGCGCUCUCGGGACCUGGAGCAGGGCUGAGCGCGGCCUCUGCCUUCCCUCCGCCGCGGACGCCGUUCGGUGUUGGCGGGGGGAGGUGGCUUCACUGUUACAACUCUUAAGCUGUGUCACUUUAGCUACAGCCCUUCACAAGGGAGAACAGGCAUCUCCUCUGCCUUUCAAAGCUUCCCCGUAGUAACUCCUGAUAGCGGGCUCUGUUCGGCAUGGGUUUUGCUGCGCCCUUCCACAGCAGGGCUCUUGCAGAAGAUUUACUUGGUUUUCUGAGCAGUCUUACGUAGAAAAAUCGCCCUCAGGGGUUAGGACCAGACCGCAAAACCUUGUGCUGCCCCCACAGCGACCUUACCUGGCGCUGGGAGUUUCUGUGCUUCUGUUCGGUUCUGGCUGCCUCCCGGGAGCUCCUCUCGCUGCAGGACGGAGGCGGGGGCUGGCGGGAAAGCCGCAGCCUGCGCGGGCGCCCACCUCACCUCGAGCUGCAGCCGGUGGGGCUCCGUCCCCCGUGCCAGAAACGCUGCCGCAGACACGAAUUGCGUUCGAGAGGAAAUGCUGAAGCGGCGUCUUCGGUUGAGGACGCGGUCUUUGUUAGUCUCCGAAGCGAUUAAAGCUCUGCCUAAUUAGAGUUUAGCGCUGCGCUUUCCGCUCGGCGCGCAAGGCUUUGGGGGGCAAGAGGCUGGCUGGCAGCAGCUCCCUGCGCGCUCCCCUUGCGUGUCCGAGGCUGCAAGUCGUAUUAAGGGAUUAAAAACUCGGCCUUUUACCAACUAGUCUUACCCAGCACAGUCAAUGCAUGAGAACUGUCCAUCUGUUGAGUGAAUUUGAACCUGCUGUAAGUGUUGUUAAGUGUUUUAUUAAAGACAAAAGGAAGUGGG